AUGGUGGAGCCGCCGGCCGAGCCUCCCCCGCAGCCCUGCCCGACGCCCGGGGGGGCGGCGGGGGGAGAGCCGGCCCGUCCUGGAGAGCAGUCGCCGCUGCUGCACCUGGACCUGUACAACUUCGACUGCGCGGCGGCGGAGGGCAGCCGGUACGUGCUGACCAGCCCGCGGUCGCUGGAGGCCUGCGCCCGCUGCGCCGUGCGGCCCGUGGAGCUGCUGCCGCGGGCGCUGGGGGACCUGCUGAGAGAGGCGCCCGGGCGCUCCAUGCGGGUGGCCGCCGGCCUCUACGAGGCCUACGAGCGGGAGCGCCGCCGCAAGCUGCAGCAGUGCCGGGAGGAGCGGGAGAGGAUUAUCCGGGAGGAGAAGAGGCGGAUCCUCGGGCCCCUCGGCAGCCUGCCGCCUUCGCCCGCCGCCCGCAUCUCCUCCCGGGCUGCGGCCGCAGCUGCCGGCGGGCCCCGGACCCAUGGCGGGGGGAAGGCCAGGGCAUCGAGGGGUGCCAAGGGCAAGAGCCACUCCCUGGACUCCUUGCAGAAGCGCCGCGAGGGUAGCUGGGGCAAGACCUCCUCUGAGUCGGGCGCUUCGUCGUCCUACAGCGGGGAGAGCCUGCGGGAGCGCGGGGGCAAAGUGUGCGGCCGGGGUCGGGGGUUAGCGGCCGCCAAUGGGACUCUGCUGGGGCGCAGCUUCAGCCUGGGCGACCUCAGCCACUCACCACAGACUGCCCAGAGAGUCGAGAGGAUCGUCAGGGAGGUGAAGAGGAAGAAGGGUCUCUCAGAGGUGCCAGAGAGAGACAAGAAGAUCGCUGCACUGAUGAUCGCCAAGCACCAGGAGGCCAACCUCCUGCGGGAGCAGCGGCAGGCAGCUCACCUGCAGUGGGACAGCCAGCGGCGCCUCGCUGAGCAGCGGAAGGAGCAGGAGGAGAAGGAGAAGCAAAGGGCCCUCCUGCAGGGUCAGCGGAUGUGGGAGAGCCAGGUGGAGAAGCGACGAGGGAGACUGAUCCAGGAGCAGGAGGAAGCUGCCCUGAUGAAGCAGAAGCAGCUCCUGGUAUGUGAGGAGAGGUGGCGGGAGCAAGCGGAGAAGCAGGAGCGGCUGCGGAGGGAGAGGCUGGAGAGGGCCAUGAAGGAGGACAAGCAGAAAAAGCUACAUCAAGAGCUCAACCUGAAGGCAAAGGAAGAGGUCAAGAAGGAACACCAGGAGCGAGAGGAGCAGCUCCUGCAAGAGAAGCUGUCCACAGCUGCACAGAAGAAGCUGAAAAAGGAGGUGCAGCUGCAGAAGGAAAAGAGACUGUUCAACCAAGCAGAGAAGCUGAAGCAUGAGGCCUUGCUCAAGGAACUGGCCAAGCAGGAGGCAGAAGAGAAGGAAAUGCUGAAGGCAUCCCUGAAGAUGAGUUUGACAAAGGCUCAGGAGAACUACGAGCAGCUUGUGGAGAAGAGGAACCAGGAGCUGAGGGAGAAGGCCAGGCGUGAGGACAUGCAGAUCCAGAGAGCUAAACUGGCAGCAGAGAAGAAGGAAAGAGAGCAGAAGGAGCACUUGGAAGCACUGGCUAGAGAGACAGAGAGAAAGCUCCAGCAUGCUGCCCAGGUGGCUGAAGAGGCUGUCCAAGAAAAAGCCCGCAAAGUGGUCUUGAGCCGCCUGGAAAAGGAAAAAGUGCAGAAGAUGAACAAGCAAAAGGUGGAACAGUAUGAGGACUUACGGCGCAGGGAAAUUCUCCUCUCUAUAGAGAGGAAGCUAGAGAGAAGUGAGCAGAUCUUCAAGGAGAAGAAGACUGUCUUAGAAAAUGCCAGGUCUGUUGCUCGAGCAUCCUUCCAUGUCCGGGAAAAGGUGCGGGAGGAGACGAACAUGCGCACCUUUGACAAGAUGGCCUUCGAAGCAGAACUACAUGCUCAGCUUAGUAAGAAAUGAAAGAUCGUGUCAUGGAUGAGUGAGGAUGCACCACUCGUUGUUCAUUGUAAUGCAACAGAAAGCUCCUCGGCAUGAGCAUAUUACAAACAACAAAGACCAACAUCCACCCUAAUUUCGUAUUUGGGGGAGCAGGGUACCGCACAAAAAUGAGGCAGCUAUUUCACAUACUGUUUUAAAUACAUUUUUUGUUCUGGGUGUGUUUUAAAGACUGACCUAAGUCAUCUUUACAGAGAGGAAGCAAGUUUUUCUGUCCUCCACUCCAAAAGCACAUGCAUUUUUUUCAGAGAGGGCUGCAAAAUCUGCUUGAAGCCUCUGAGUUACUGAUCGAUUGUUUACAGCAGAGAUGACUACAGCUUCACUCUCCAGCGGGAAAUGGAAACAGAGGUUGCUGACUACUAGAGCCUGCUGAAUAAGAACCAAAACCACCCCAGCUGAUUCUGCCUGGAGUGACGGGCAGUUUGGUUUAAGUUAUGGGAAUGCAUUUUCAAAGCUGCUGCAAUCCCAGGCUGAAGGUGAGGAAGGCUGGAGCACAGAAUGCCAUAUACCCUGGGUACCCCUUGGCUGCUGCCAGUACCAAGCUAGGGAAAGCACAGAUCAAGGCCAUGUAAGUAGACAUCAUGAUCAGAGCUGGGCAGAAGCUGUCUGAAAGUGCUCACAAACACAAUUUCUUUUUUGCUGUUACCCCUCCCAAGGUAUCCCCCCCUCUCCUUCUCCUUUCCAAGUUUCUCUUACAAACAUCUGUAGAAUGUAGAAUUCCUUCUUUUCUUUUGGAGGAGGGAGAAAAGGAGAGAAAUUUGUGGACAGUCCACAAACUGACAAGCACUCACACAAUCCACUUGUUCUUUAAGAUACAAAAAUGAAUGAACCUGUGGAAUCUGGACUUUUGGGGAAACACAAAGGUCACUUGUAAAUGGAAAUCACCACCCUCAGGAAUUCUCAAAACUCAAGAAUACCCUCAGCCACCUUAUCCAAUUUGCCCUAUCUUGAGCGGGAGGUUGGACCAGAUGUUCUCCAGAGUUCCAACCUUAUCCUUCUCAUGAGCUGCAUACAAUGACAUGUUCGCCCAGCUCUUCCCAGUGUCUACUAAGCAGGGCAGCAUUUCUCUGCCACUGGUGCUAAGAGUUGUAUUUUUAUAAAGAGCACAAGAAAGAGUAGGUGCACAAAAUAAGGUACAUUACAGAUUCUCUGAGGAUCAUGUCUUUUUUACAAGAGCUAACUCAAUGCUAUUUAGGGGGAACUGAGUCCUUCUGCAAUUAAAUACACCAGAAAUGUGAAAAGCCUACCUGUGCCCUGUGCAUUCAAGUACAACAGCGUUCUGCUCCAGGUUUCCACAUUUACUCUUUGUUGAGUUGGAGUUGUAAGCACACAUCCGAAGCAAGCACUUUGGUUUGGUAUUUUCUGGCUCCGGGCAGCAUCAGCUCUCUGUUCCACCAUCUGUGACGCCGUAUUGGGUUGCUCUGGUGAUAGCAGUCAGACCUGGAGCAUGGAGGAGAAGCACCAAGAAGAGACAGGAUCUCGUUUCUUUGCGGAUGUCUCUGACGUACAACAUAGUAGAAGAGACAGCCAGGAGAGGCUUGGCAUAUGGCACAGACAUGCAGUCUAGCAUGCAUAGAUUGCUUACCAGAAUUUCCCUGGAGGUAACAGCAGGUCAGAGCCCUCCUAGAAGGCUUUAAAGAAGUUGUUAAAUGAACACUAACAAUAGACCAAAUACACUGGUGCCCUGCAAGGUUAGAGACGUUACACAGUGUUGAAAAUUAA